CUCUGUUUCACGGAAGUCGUUCUGGAAGCUCUGACGUGGCCAAAUAAUAACCCGACAUCUUGAGGAAGGAAACGCCUUAAAGAGGAAAGAAUUGAAAACAACUUAUUCCUUCUGCCAAAGUUGAAUCCAUCUUUCACUAUGGGGAAUUUAUUUGCUAGCCUCUUUAAAGCAUUUGGCAAGAAAGAGAUGAGGAUCCUCAUGGUGGGUCUCGAUGCUGCUGGUAAAACAACAAUCCUGUACAAACUCAAACUUGGAGAAAUUGUAACUACCAUUCCAACUAUAGGUUUUAAUGUUGAGACAGUCGAGUACAAGAACAUAAGUUUUACAGUGUGGGAUGUCGGCGGUCAAGACAAAAUUCGACCGUUGUGGCGUCACUAUUUCCAGAACACACAGGGUCUCAUCUUUGUUGUGGACAGCAAUGACAGAGAGCGAGUGAACGAAGCCCGCGAAGAACUGAUGAGAAUGUUGGCAGAGGACGAACUACGAGAGGCAGUCUUAUUAGUAUUCGCUAACAAACAGGACCUCCCAAAUGCUAUGAAUGCGGCCGAACUCACAGACAAGCUGGGACUGCACUCCCUCCGCCAUAGAAACUGGUACAUCCAAGCCACCUGUGCCACCAGCGGAGACGGUCUCUAUGAAGGACUGGAUUGGUUGUCUAAUCAGUUAAAAAACCAGAAAUAGGCCUAAUCAUCAUAAUCCACUGUCCUCCUCAACUCACAUAUACCUUUUUCACACUAUCGUGCCGACCCAAACCGUACAGUGGCUCGGAUUAUUUUCUUUCACAUUGUCCUUUCCAGCACGGUUCUAGCAACUGUGUGGUAGAUUAGUUACCAGGCUGGCGCAGUACAGCUCGGCCCGGCUCAGUAGUGUGAAAAGGGUAACACUGUAUCUUCUCUCUACCUUUGCUUUGUACUCUUCUGAUGUUGCAAAUUCAGCUACUUUUGUCAAAAAGUACCUACUGGAAAGCUGCACUCAUUUCUCAUCUCUAGUUACAACAAUACACCAUACGGGCCAGGGGGGAUAAUAACACAAUCAUGGAAAGCUGUCUGGGUUUCUUAUUUAAUGUAAAUAGUCUUGUUUUGGGGGGGUUAUGAGGCAGCUUAUUGCAGACUUACAAAAAAUCCACCUUGGUUAUUUCCUCCUCUUGACCAGGCAUAUACGUGUCUAGUAAAUAGAAAGGGGAGGCAAAAAAAGAAAAAUAAUUAAUGGGACCCCUUGUCUCAUUCCUAUGUUUGACUUUUUUUUUUUACAUUAUAAGUCUGCUGGUAAUUUGUACUUAAAAUGAGUGUUUCUUGGGCGGGGGGGGGGGUAAUUCUGAAUUAUGCAUACAUACAGAUGUACUACUUGCAACAAUGAUGGUUUAAUAGCUCAGAAUGCUACAAUACCCUGCUCCCCCAAAAUACCAUUUAGCAAAACACUGAAGAGAAUAUUAUUGAGAUGAAGUCUAAAACAGAGGUUAGUGGGCUUCAAAGUCGAGAACUCUUGUCAACACUUACCAGCUUUUGUUGUGUGUCAGAUCAUGUUGGCUUUCAUUGAGAAGUGGCUGCCAUGCAGAGUAACUAUGUUCCUCCAUGCAUCUCAUCAUUCACCUGCUUUGUGAUGGACAGAGGUGCUGUCUGUACAGCAUUAUGACUUAUGUUUGUAUGACAGUGGCUCAGGUUAAUAAUCAUGUGUACUGCCUUUGUCGCAGUGAGCCUGAAUUUAAUAGCAAAAAAAGUGCAUGAUGUGGUCUGUAUGUUGGACAAGCAACAAGUGCACGUUCAACAUACACAGAUUCUGCACAAAUCAACAGAUUUUCACAAUGCCUGGAGAGGCAGAGUUCCUGCCUAUCCAUUUGCUAUAAUAAUCACAUGUUCUGUGCAGAAUCUAAUAUCUCAAACACACAUUGAUUGUCUGCGGGACUAGCUAAUUGAUUGUUAAUGUUUGUCUGCAUAAGCAUUAUGUCAUUACUCCUCUUGUCAGCUGCAGGUGCUCAAGGGUUGGGAUACCUUGAUGUCCUCAACAUCAGCAUCACAAUGACUUAAACCACAACAACCUUGUAACUCAGGGGUCAUCAACCUUUUCUUGGCCAGGGACCCCCUCCCAGGCAAACUGGUGACCCAGGGACUCCCAUCAUAUGUUAGCCAAAACAUAUUUUCCUAAUGUCUUAUCAGGUGAAUGAUAAUGUCAAGGAGAAGUAAUCAAAACAUUUAAAAAUGAAUAGAUUUGGUAAAUAGUUUUUCAUUAGUUUGACCUCCCCACAUUAUAAUUGGAAGAGGAAGUGUAAACUCUAACAUAGCCUAUUAGCUAGAAAGGAAACCGCAAACACUUUCUCUAAGCGCAGCUGUUUAGCUGGUUAUCCAUGUUUUGGCAAAAAUGUAUGUCCAAAUCAGGAAAACUUACCAGCAGCCAGUAGCACUUGCCACGCUGGUAGCCUAUUUUUCAAAGCCUAUGUCCGAUACUCCAGUGAGUGUAAUUUGCUCGAUAUUAGGAGUUGAGAAAUAAAGUUUACAUCAUUAGAAAGAAGAUACUCUCCUCUUUUCUGCUGUAGGUAUGUCAUUCAAAAUGUGUUUAGUCUGUUGUUGCUAGCGAUAUUCAUAAAAACAUUGAACCCCCAUCACAGACCCCCUGCAGUACCUCCGCGGUCCCCAGGUUGUUUACCCCUGCACUCAAGGUAUAUGCUAUAUGAUGCACUGGUAUGACAAAAGCAGUUGUAUUCUAAAUUCUGAUGUCCUGCAUUUUCCUCCAUCAUCAUGACCUGAAGACCUUGUUUUUGUCCCAUUUUUUUGAGAAUGAUAAAAGUAUAUUAAUAGUUUUGGAACGAGGCAUGUAUUAAUGUCAGUGGCAAUAUGAGAUCUGUAUGAACUCCGUAUUUUUUACUUAGUGGGCGCUAGUAUUUUCUUCUCUCCUUUGUAGCUCAUGUUGUCCUUGGCUAAGUUCUGAGGGGAUGCUUUUGUCCUCAUGUCAAAGAAACAUGCUGUUCCAUUACAAACCUUUGAGCUUCUUAUCAAAAGGUUCUGGGUGUUAUUCCACCAGAGUGCUAUGGACACUUCUUAGUCUUUCUUUUAAAGCAAGGCGUUGGGAAAAAAAUAAACGUAUCUUGAUUGAUAACUGAUUGCCUGAACCUUUUGUUGAAACAUUGUUAAUCUCUUUAGCAGAACUUUGUCAAUUUGUUUUUGCUGUAAAGUUAUUUCAGCUUUAAUUUUUUUGUGAGAAAAGCACUAAUUAAAGUGAUUAGAGAAUGUUUA